GCCAGUGGCAGGUGAUGGGACCAGACAAGCCCGUCCAGGUUGUGGUUGGGGAGGAAGCAGUGUUCUCGUGCUUCCUCUCUCCUAAGACAAGCGCGGAGGCCAUGGAAGUGCGGUUCUUCAGAGAUGAGUUCCGGGCUUCCUGGGACCCUACGUUGGGCACAGCUCCUCUAGUUUCUAUCAUGGGAUAUGUUGGUGGAGGCAUCCAGCUACUCUGCAAGUCCUCAGGCUGGUUUCCUCAGCCCACAGUGAAGUGGAAAGACCCACAAGGACAUGAUUUGCCCUCAGACUCAAAGGUGAAUGCAGACAGACGUGGCCUGUUUGAUGUGGAGACUUCCCUGAUAGUCCAGGAAAAUGCUGGGAGUGUAUCAUGUUCUAUCCAGUACCCUGACCAGAGCGGGGAAGUGGAAUCCAGGGUAUGGAUAAGAGACUGGAGAAGGAAGCAUGGAGCUGCAGAACUGAGAGAGGCCCAGAAGCACGCAGUGGAGGUGACUCUGGACCCAGAGACGGCUCACCAGCUCCACAUUUCUGAUCUGAAAAUUUUGUGCUAUAGGAACAUUCACCAGAAGGUGAACGAUUCGGACAAGAGGUUUACAAGGAAGUGUGUGGUGGCCUCUCAGGGAUUCCAGACAGGAAAACAUUACUGGGAGGUGGACGUGGGACACAAUCUAAUGUGGAAUUUGGGAGUAUGCAGGGACGACGUGAAUAGGAAUGUGACAUGUGAGACUUUGUGUCCCUACUAUGGGUAUUGGCUGCUUGGACUGGAUAGCGAACAUUGCUAUCUCACAUUUAACCCUUAUAGAAUCAUCCUCUCUUCAAGAACAAGCCCUACAUAAGUGGGAGUCUUCCUAGACUAUGAGGGUGGGACCAUCUCCUUUUUCAAUGUAAAUGAUCAGUCCUUCAUUUAUACCCUGACACAUCAGUUUGAAGGGUUAUUGAGGCCCUACAUACAGCAUUAUGUGAGUGAUGAGAAAAAUGUGACUCCCAUUGUGAUCUGCCCAGUUUCCCCGGGAUCAGAAGAAGAAGCACUUUCUGACACAGACAACCUGGAGCCCACCCCACAG